UAUUUCUGUAUCUAUCACCGAAUGCUGUGCACAGUGGAAACUCAUAUGAUCUAUUUCAAGCACCUCAAAGUGAAGUCUUCAAAUUUGAAUGUAUAGAAAACCCAGAUAGAAGAACUUUUGCAGCAAUGGUUUCAGAAUUAGAUAAAUCAGUUGGACGAGUUUUUAAGGCCUUGCAACAUAAUUCUAUGUUAGAUAAUACAAUUUUUGUGAUUUCUACGGAUAAUGGUGGAGAAGCUGCUGGUUUAAGAGGUGGAGUUGGUUCGAAUUUUCCUUUAAGAGGAAAUAAAAUAACUUUAUGGGAAGGAGGAGUGAGAGGAGUUGGAUUUAUAUGGAGUAAACUGUUCAAGCAACAACCAAGGAUCGAAAGGAACUUAAUUCACAUCACUGAUUGGUUACCGACAUUUUAUCAUGCUGCAGGUGGUGAUGUUAGCGAUUUGACGGAUAUUUAUGGAAUAAAUCAAUGGAAGACUUUAGUUCACGACAAACCUACAUCUAGAGAAGAAAUUCUUCAUAACAUAGAUCCAAUCGACGGUGCUUCAGCUCUUCGAUUCCGAAAUUACAAACUAGUAAAUGGAUCGAAUUCUAAUGGAGAAUACAAUGCGUGGUACGGACCUUCCGGGAGAGACGAUGAUUAUUUUCUUUCUCGUUAUAAAAAGUUACUUCGCUCCUCAUAUUCUUGGAAAGUUCUUGAAGAGGAAGGAUUACUCUACAAUACUGACAAGUUUUUCACCAGACUGCCAGAUAACUGUUAUUCUGACUCGAAAAGGAAUAAUAGUAAUUGUGAUCCUAAUUCAGCCCCAUGCUUAUUUGAUAUAUUAAAAGAUCCUUGCGAACUGGAAAAUAUUGCUAACGAACAACCAAAGGUUGUGAAAUAUAUAUUGAAUCGAUUAAAGUUCUGGAAAGCAAGUGCAGUUCCUCCAAUUAAUCAACCUAUCGAUCCGAAUGCUGAUCCUGCUCUUCAUAAAUUUACUUGGACGAAUUGGGCAGAUUCCUACUCGUUUUAUUAAGUUACAAUAAUGAUAAUUUUAAAGGAAUUUGUAAAAUUUUUUAAUCACUAUAAACAUAAAAUGUAAACUAUAACAUUAAUAUUUGUAAUUGAUAAUCAAUAAAUA